UAUAUCGAGCUGAAUAAAGAGAGGGGAGUCCUUGUAGUCAAGGAGCGGCUAGACAGAGAAGCGCUCUGUGGACAGACGACGCCCUGUGCUCUCGAUUUUCAAAUUAUUUUGGAGAAUCCUAUGCAGUUUUACAGCGUUACUGUCGAGAUCACCGACAUUAACGACAACUCUCCCGUUUUUAAAAACAGUGAAAUGAAAUUUGACAUUAGUGAGACGGCUCAAAUUGGAUCGAAAUUUGUCUUAGAAAAGGCUACUGACGACGAUGUGGGUCUGAAUGGGCUCCAGGGCUAUUCACUGAGUGCAAGUGACACAUUCACUUUAAAUCCUUAUAGGACGAGUAGUAGUAGAAAUGUUGAGAUGGUUUUAAAAAAGCAUCUUGACCGAGAAAAACAGGAGCUUCUGUCUUUAGUAUUGACGGCUGUAGAUGGUGGCAAUCCACAGCUAUCCGGAACCAUACGGAUUGUCAUAACGGUGCUGGAUGCCAACGAUAAUGCACCUAUUUGUACUCAACCUGAAUAUAAGACUAAUGUGAAAGAAAAUUCGUUGAUAGGAGCUGUUUUAACCACGGUUAGCGCAUCCGACGCAGAUGAGGGUCCACAUGGGCACAUACGAUAUUCAGUAUCUAAUGCUCCGAAGGGGGCACUGGAGUUAUUCGAUAUUGGUAAAGAAAACGGUGUGUUCACGUUAGUGGGGAAACUUGAUUAUGAGAAAUCUCGGCAUUAUGAGAUAGAUGUCCAAGCAUCAGAUGAUGGUGGUAACUCAGAUGUAUGUAAAGUUAUAAUUGAGGUGCUGGACACAAACGAUAACCCACCAGCUAUUAAUAUUAUGUCAGCGUCAUCCAGUGUAUCAGAGGAUGUCAAACCAGGCACUGUGCUGACAAUGAUGAACGUCCAGGACCCAGAUUCAGAUGAAAAUGGCAAAGUCCACUGCGUUUUAGAUGAUAACAUUCAUUUUACAAUCACGUCGUCAUCAAAUAACUUCUUUACUUUAGUGACAGAGGGUGAAUUAGACAGAGAGAGAGCCUCUGACUAUAAUAUAACAGUCACGUGCUCUGAUGAGGGCGUGCCCUCCCUCUCCAGCAGCGUCACUCUCACCUUACAGAUCUCUGAUGUGAAUGAUAACGCGCCUGUCUUUGAGAGGAGCUCAUAUGAGGCCUACAUUGUAGAAAACAACACACCAGGCCUCUCUAUAUUCACAGUGAAAGCCAGAGACGCUGACUGGAAC